UCAACCGGCUUAACUUGUUCUGUUCAAAACUUCGCUGAAAACAGUGAAAUUUGACAUCAUUUUCGGCGCGUGUGGAUUGGAUUUCAGACUUUGACAGCCGGGAACAUUGUUAUCGCCACAUCAGCCGCUGGAGUGCAGGUUAUGGUACUGAGGCGAAACUAACCCUGUCCCGUACCUGCCUCAACCUGGAGAUUUUCUGAAGCAUCGAUAGAAAUUAUUCCACCUCUGAGUUCAUUGUUCGCAGGGACCAUGGACCAACUAGUGGACGACGUUCUCGUGGAGGUGCUGAAACUCCUGUCCGUGGCGGACCUGCUUACAUGCCGCCUCGUGUGCAAGAGGCUUGCCGGUCUUGCUCUUCAUCCGGCCGUGUGGCGUGUGGCGGUGCAAGUCAGUCAUCGAGGACGUCGAUGAGGACUUCCCUUGGACGUGCCCUGUGCUCCGCCUCGCGCCCUGCCUGGACACGCUGCUUUUGUGCCAUUCAAAGUAUUCGGUGUGCUCACACGCCUACACGACCAGUUGCGCCGCAAAGAAAUUACAGAUCACUAUCCACAGUAGUCCUGGCGCAGUGUAUGGCGCACUGGCGACGAAGCACCAGGCAACGCUUGGCCGCCUGAGGUCCCUGGAACUAUAUAUUGAUUUAAUAGACCCACUGGCUUCUGCCGACAAAUGCCUUCUGCUGGAGACCAUUGCAUCAACUGAUGGCUUGGAGGACCUAUUAGUCAAGUGUUCCUGUCAUAAUUUUUCUGCUCCUGAAAAAUACUUCUUCCCCGAUCCAGCAAACUUCAAAUGCACAUUUCAAACUGCCGUGUCUGGCUCUAUUCGAACUUUCCGUACCAAUCUUUACAAAGGGCAUGAAGACCUUUUGAGAUUCGUGAUUAUCAGGCAUGCAGGUACCCUGGAGACGGUGGGCUACUUCCCAAGCAGCAUGUUCUCGGAAUUGGAUCUGCUCACCGGGCUGCCAAAGCUCACUGCGCUACACUGUGCACUGCUCCCUGGCAUGGAGGCUCUGAUCGCAUGCAGGACGCUGAGGGAUUUGACACUACAAGUGGAGCUGGAAUCAAGGGACGCCGCCGUCGACGGAGCGGCCGCGCUCCUCCGUGAAGCGGGCCAGCUGCGUCAUGUGGGUCUGGUGUUCAACAGAGAGGCCUCCUCUGUGGCCAUAGCGGCUAAGCUACUCCGGGCCUUGGGAGCAUCGGGUCAGUCGUCGGUGCAUACAUUGAGUAUUAAUUUCAAUAACCGGGAUUGCAGCAGGUUAGCUUUUAAUGUGUUUGGCAAUUACGGGCACUUUUUGAAUUACAAGGUGCUCCUCAGUGUGUUGCCCCGGCUCCCAGUCUUACGUGAACUCUCUCUGGAUUAUGUACCGGACGAGUUAGUGCCUAACUUGAGCCCCACGACCGCCCCGGCAUUGCGGAUGCUCCAUUCCGAGUCAUGGGUGCCAUGCUGUCAUGAAUGGCUGCACAGUGACACUAUCAGGAAGAUUCCACAUUCGAUCCAUGUCCGUCUUGAGGGGCCAUUCUGCUCUGACUGUAACUGGUGUUAUCUGGACUGCCAUGAAGAUGUCAAAGAUUUUCUUGAGGAUGAGCGUGACAGGGUGAGUGGGACGUCUAUCUGCUUUUACUCGCAUCCCAACGACCAAUGCUCGGCACCGGACCUUCAUACUUCCAAUGACGAUAAGCUUUGGUGGAUCCGCGUUCCUCGUUCUGAGUGACUUUCAAAUCUAUCUGUGGAUUAUUUAAUUAUGGUCUUUUGACGUCGAUAUUUUGUUCAGUGUCCAAUAAAGU